UGUACAUGUACAUGCAAGGCAGGCCGGAAUGUUGCUGACCGUUGUGACAGCUGUCGUUGGGCGCUGACUCAGAACCGCUGACAGCCAGCUCUGUCUUAUAUUAGCCAACAGCUCAUCUUAUAUUUGGAACCUUUUUAAUGCUUCAAGGUUACGCACCACCAGACUUUGGUGUACCCGCAUGACACCGACCUGCUGGGAACGUAUACCAUCUCUUGACCGUUCCCCUGCAUGAGGUGACCCUGCUCUGAAUUAUUGGACGGCUGAAAUUGUUGGUCCGUCGCCACUUCAAGCCUCGCCAGAGCGUCCUUGGCUCCUGAUUUCUAGCGAGAUGUCUGGACCGACGUUCAACUUCUGUGGCCAUGACGUCACCAUUCACGAGCAGCUGGCGGACUGCGGAGUCGGAGCCACGAUCUGGGACUCGUCGAUCAUCCUGUCCCGAUUCAUGGAGCAAACAGAGCUGGAGCUGGCGGACAAGUCUGUGCUGGAGUUAGGGGCAGGGACUGGGCUGGUCAGCAUAGUGGCGAGUCUACUGGGUGCGAAAGUGACGACCACAGACUGCGGGGAGACCCUCCCCUGCGCCUGGGGAAACGUGCCGAGGAACACCGAGCUGCGAGCCAAGCACGCGCCGGUGGUGCGCCGCCUGGAGUGGGGCACGGCCGACCUGGAGGACUUCGGCGUACAACAGUACGACUACAUCAUGGGCUCCGACAUCAUCUACAAGGAGGAGACCUUCCCGGACCUACACAAGACCAUCAUGCAUCUUGCAGGAGCGGAAACAGUUCUUUACCUCGCUGGAAGGAUCCGGUUUUCGGCAGACGAGGACUUUUUAGACACACUGAAACAGGAUUUCUACCUGAGCUGCGUUUAUGAGGACCCGAUAAGGGAAGUGUACAUAUAUCGCGGCGAAAAGUUGAGAAAUUCAAAGACAUGAAGGAAACAAAUAAUUUUAUUGUAAAAAAAAAUAGUUGACCAACUUGCUUGUACAACUCAGGAAGCCAGACUGUAUAUAGUUUGCAUAGUGGGUAUGGUAUACAUGGUAUAUAUCCUAGAAUGUGUAAAUUAAAACGAUGCAGCUAACACGAGCUUUCACAUUAAGAAGUUUUAAGUCUCAAACUUCUGCUGCCGCAAACAUUAUGCCUAGAGCUUCACCAAAUUGAAAGAUAGAUA